UCCAGUCAGUCCUAUGAGUCAGUCCAGUCCUACCUACUGGCUCUGGCUGGUUAGCUAGCUAAUGAUUGACACAGGCAGUAGUAAAUCUAUCCAGGACACCUUCACAUCACUUCACAAGGAGUGUCUGAUGACAUCACCAGGUAAAAGGUCACACCUUCACUGGCCAUACCUUUCAACAUUAUUCCCAAAUGAGUGUAGACAGGAUCUACAUGGAUUACAAUGCCACGUCUCCGCUGGAACCACAAGUGAUCCAAGCCAUUUCUGAAGCCCUCCAGGAUGCCUGGGGAAACCCCAGUAGCAAUUAUAUAGCAGGUGCUAAAGCCAAGGUAAUAAUUAAUCACUCCAGAGAGAGUGUGGCGAGAAUGGUUGGAGGUAAAGCAGAAGACAUCAUUUUCACAUCAGGUGGAACGGAGGCCAAUAACCUGGUGCUUCACACUGCUGUAGAGCACUUCAGAAGAAGCUGCAGGGCUGCAGAGCAAGGUGAAGGGCACCAGAAUGGAAACAAUGCUCUUCCUCACAUUAUCACCUCAAAUGUGGAACAUGACUCGGUCAAACUAGUAGCUGAGCACCUGCAGAAAGAGGGCAAGGCAGAUGUGACAUACGUGCCUGUGUCUAAGGUGACUGCCUGUGUGGAGGUGGAGGAUAUCAUUGCUGCGGUGCGUCCCAACACUUGUCUCAUCUCUAUCAUGCUGGCCAACAAUGAGACAGGAGUCAUCAUGCCAGUCCAAGAGAUCUGCCAGAGAAUAAACUCUCUCAACAAGCAGAAGGAUCGGCUCAGGAUCCUGCUCCACACUGAUGCUGCUCAGGCUCUGGGGAAAAUCCCAGUAGAUGCCUGUGUACUGGGAGUGGAUUACCUCACCAUAGUGGGACACAAGUUCUAUGCCCCUCGGAUUGGUGCGUUGUACGUGAACGGCCCUGGAAAGAGGACUCCUUUGUAUCCCAUGCUGUUUGGUGGAGGACAGGAGAGAAACUUCAGACCAGGCACAGAAAACACACCAAUGAUUGCUGGUCUGGGAAAGGCUGCAGAACUAGUGACCUGUAAUCUGUCAGAUUAUGAAAGUCAUAUGCGAAGUACCAAACUGUACCUGGAGGAACGACUGAAGGCCGUCUUUAAAGACAAGAUCCACUUCAACAGCCAAUACCCUGGCUCUGAUAUGCUCCCUAACACAUGUAACGUGUCCAUCCUGGGCCCAACAUUACAAGGCUGGAGAGUAUUGUCCAACUGUAGGAGGCUGUUGGCCAGCGUUGGUGCUGCCUGCCACUCAGACAGUGGAAACAGGCCUUCCCAUAUCCUUCUGAGCUGUGGGGUCCCCUCAGAGGUGGCAGCUAAUGCCUUGAGGUUGAGCGUGGGCAGGGGGACGACCCAAGCAGAUGUGGAUGCAGUUGUGGAAGAUCUGAGGGAAACUGUGCAGCUGCUGGAAGAAAUGGACUGACCGCCUUCAUGUGCCUAGACAGUCCUGUAGGAUGUACAGAAUUACAAAUACAUCAUGUGUUUAUUGUUACAUUAACUGAUCAUUUAAAAUGAAUGAAAUAUUUAAUAUAAAUAAUAAAAGGGAAGAACUUGAAGCGA